CUCGUGACUUGCGGCACACUUGUCACUAGGCUGUCUAAAUUAUCUCAUUUCUUAAUUCCAUCUCAAAUAACCACUUCAAAUCUCCAUGCUGCAUUGCAUCAACACACUCAACACAAGAAUGCUGAAACUCAAAGCUAUGUUAGCUAUUCUUCUUCUUCUUCUUCUUUCUACUGAAUAUAUCUCUGCAGUGUCGUCUUCUAAGGUCCUAUCCGACUUCUGCCUCAACUCACUCCCUCAAACAGAGAACACGUUCCGCACACUUCCCACCGAGAUUGGAUACCUCAAAUCAUGUUGUGCCCAGCAGCCCCCUUUUCCCACUCAGAACGAGUGCUUCCAAACCACACUCGCUAUCAUUCCAUUCGUCAUGUUCAACCUGCAACACCUUCUGGCCCGGAUUGAAACCUCGCGAGUGGCCCCAACCAUAGUUAAGGCGAAUAACAUUGACCCGUACAUGCUGGCGAGGAAACUGCACAGAGCGAUAGAUGGGUGGGGUACGGAUGAGAACAGCAUCAUCAAUGUCUUAUCCAGCAUCACUGGCAAGCAGCGCAUACGAACAAGCAUCAAGUACAAAGAACUGUUCAACUCCUACUUGAAGAGCGACUUGAGAGGAGACACUUCUGGCUCAUUCAAACACUUGCUCAUCGCUCUCAUGUACUUCCCAGCAGAACACGACGCCUGGCUUGUUCGAGACGCAAUAGCUCCGAGUGGAACAAAACAUGAUGUCCUAGUGGAUGUUGUGGCAACGAGUACAGUCAAUGAGAUGCUGCAUGUUCGCGAGGCCUACCAGAGGUUCUACAACGCAUCCCUCGAAAAAGACCUGGCCAAGGAACUCAAGGGCCAAGGAGUCUACCGGGACACCAUUCUCCACAUGGCCACUCGCUACUCCAACCAUGUCAACACUACAUGGGCACAACAAAUUGUGAGGCGAAGCAACCAAGCUUCAAAAGAUCAUAUUUCAAACCUGGUUCGCGUAAUCCGAGCUAUUUACACAAGCUCAGUUGGAGGACGACAUUCUUAUUUCGCUCAGCGCUUACACACAACCAUGGCCGGGGUGGGAACUAAAGACUCUGAGCUGAUCGGACUGGUGACUUCAAGGGUCGAGCGAGAUAUGAAAGCAGUAGAGGAAAGCUACCUCGAACUAUACGGACACAGUUUGGCUUCAGACUUGAAAGGAGAUUUGUCUGGAGACACACUUAAACUGAUGCUCAAACUCAUUUGAAGACAUAAGUGAACCACGUUAAUGCUCUUUGAACUUCACGAAUAUUUCCUAAUUCACGCUUUUA